AUGGUGGGGGAUCCUCGCUUGUCGGGGCUGCCUUUCGGAUCCAUCAUUGACAUGGUGGCUUAUGUCAGAAGUUCGGACCUACAUGGGGCGACUUUCGAGGCUUUGUGGAACCAAGAACAAUUUCGGUGCGCGGGCUCUUUUGAGGCUGACCGGGUGUACACCUUUUAUGGCAUACAGUAUCGUGGGGUGAUCAGCUCACUUCAUCAUCUGUGUGUCCUGGAGAACACCGUUACAAUCUGCAGGCCAACCCUGACCGCUGAUUCUUACAGGUCCGUCAAGGAGGUUUGUGCAGGACUUGGUGGGAUUUCCAUUGGGCUUCAGCAUUUGGGAGGUCGUAACUUGGCCGUGCUUGACAUCAAUCCAGUUGUCUGUUCGGUCCUUAGGGCCAAUUUCGACACUGUGCUGGAAGGCGACAUUACAGACAGGCAAGAGAUCCUGGCACAUGUGUUGCAGACCACGUGGCACUUGCAGGCCUGUUGCCUCGUGCUGGAAUGCUCGCCGGACAUUGCCUUAAGCCCUCAGGCCAUGCAGAGCAUCACACAGCUUGCGGAGAAAGCCAAUUUCGAGUUGCACUGUGUUGCCCUAGAGCUUGCUGACCAAUGGGCAUCCCACCGUUGCAGUUGGUGGGCUGUCUUGCUUCCGGCUGGCCUGCCGCCCUUGCAGCUUUGUUCCUGGCCAGUGUUGCGCCCUGCACUCACUGUUCAGGAUGUCAUUCCUGAAUGGCCUGUCUGGCCCAAGGCCACUGAAACUGCGCUUCAGUGGGACUCCAAAGAGAUCGAAAUCAUUGGCGAGCCGAAGCCUGAUCUUGAGCCACUGCUUCUAGCGGCUACGGACCCUGCGCCCACCGCUCUUCACAGUUGGGGCUCUGCUUUUCGGCCCUGCCCUUGUGGUUGUCGCCCCUCUGCAUUGAGCCAACACAGCCUUUGCAAAUCACAUUUCAGAGGGCCUGGUGUUCCGUCUGGUGUUGUUGAGGGCAUUCGCUAUCUGCACCCGGCUGAGGCGCUAUGGGUAUGGGCACAUGUGCUUUCUUCCACGGCUCCCUGUUUCGGUGCUGGCCCACUCGACCCUCUUGCUGAGCUGGGUAAGUUCAAGACACUCUUGUUGCAGCAGAGACAAGAUAACUGGCUUCUUCCUACCAUGUGCAACGAAGGCCAGCUGCUUUUGCAGGAUGAACAAGGUCAGCGACUUGAGCGCGCAGUUGGGCCGAUAACCGCUGGCCAACUCAUUUGUGCUGAGACAGCUCUUUUGCCCCCGGGCUUCAAAGUGCAGGUUCUGGACAACGGCCGUGUUCUUCAGCGCUCGGCCAAGCUUGCUUUUCAACCAGCCGGCCCCUCCUACUACCUGCUUGUACAAAAGAAGGCGGCCGCUUUGGAUCAACAAUCUCUCCCGUGCAUGCCAAGCUGCAAUGCCACUCCCCGUGGAGGCUGCUCUGCCUCGGUGGCCCUUUCCCCUCCUGCUUCCUGCGACCCGCCGGAAACACAAACGCCCCUGUCGACUCCACUUGAUGCCUUGUGUUCUGUCGGAGCAUCAGACUUCACCAUUUGGUACGGCAUCCUCCAGUGGAUUCGCUGUCCUGCUGUCAGCAUUGAAUCCUGCUUGAUUCCGCCCUGUGCUGCUGAGCUCCUGCUGCAGCUGUUGAGUGAGGACCUUCUCACUUCUGUUGCCGGCCCCAUCUUGCCGCAGGGCCCUCUUAUUCUGGUCCCUUUCGUUUCCCAGGGCCACUGGUCUCUGCUUGCACUUCGUGCUGGGCCUGCAGGUGUUGAGGCUGAAUUGUGGGACGGAAUUCCAAGCCGCAACCUGCACACUGCCAAGCUGAUUGCGCAGGUACUCUGUCGACUGGAUGGGGCAGCCUUGCUGUCUUUGACUGAGAGAUCGCACUGGCUACAGCUUGAUCCUGCUGCCUGUGGUGCCCAUGUGGUGGCACAUGCUGCUGCCCUUCUCAUUCAAGCGGCUCCGCAUGAGCUGCUCGGCUGGGCCUUGGAUUUUCAGCGUGCCUUCCCGCCACAUCUUGCUUUUCUUCAAGGUCUUGGCGGUCUGACUCCUGAGCAGGAGAAAGACUUGCGACUCUUGCUUGUUGAGAGAGGUGUGCCUGCCGAUGCCGUCGCCUCGCGCACACAGGCGCUGAAGGCUUGUGCUUCCAAGCCUUCUUGCAUGUUCCGUUGGAUUCUGGCAGAAGAGCUUCAAAGUCAUGUGGAACAGCAAGCCCAAAAGAAGUUCGGCUCCUUCACCACGGCCUCUGACUCGCCACUGGGCCAGCUUGCCUUCAAUGAGGCAAAGAAUCUCAGUGUUGAUCCACUUGCUCUGGUGACCACAGCCGAGAUUUCCGCUGAUCAGGUUGGUGCUGCCAGGGUCAAGAGCAUUCGCUAUCCUGCGAUUUUCGCUCCUACUGAGGAGGCUGUUCUGGUUGCCGGUUCCUUGAUCCAGCUUGGUGACGAUGAUGUGCAGCUUGCCACUGCUGGCAUUGCUGAGCUUGACCGCAUUGACACUAUAGUUUGCCGGCUCAACCUGUUCAAGGACGAGAGCACUCUGGCUUGGGAUAAGGUUGCCGAGGCUCCCAUCCGAGUGCUUCUGCAGCAGAUCCCCGCGCUCCGGGUCUGUGUUGACCCCUCGUGCAGCCAGGCCUGUGGAUGCUUCCACUCAGCUGUUGACGAGGUCGUGGAACACCUUUUCCUUGACAUCUGGGCCCGCCAGUGGUGCCGAUUAGGUGGGGCAAGGGUUAAGGCGACCGAAGCUGAUGUUUUCCAGGCUUAUGUGCCCGUGCCGGCCUCAGCGGUGACUCACCUGCUAAAGCUUGUCCACACAGGCCUGUAUUUCGAACCUCGGGCUUGCGACGGCACUGGCCCCCACCCUGCAUGGUCUGUCGUGUGGUUGCCGGGUGCCUCUCUCGCCACUGCACAACAUGCUCUUCGCACGACCGAAAAGGCCCUUGCACUUGCCAGGUUGGGAACCAAGUACGGUUUGAGAACUCGGGAAGCCGAUGAGCAGCAGGUUUUCGAGCUGCACAGGCCCCAACACCAAUUCUUGAAGGUGCGGGUCUCGGCCCACUACCGUUUGCACCCGCUCCCUCACGGACUGCAAAGGCCGGCUCUGGUCCAGCUCCUGAAACAGUGGGGCUGGAAUGGCGAACCUCUCCAGCCGGAUCGAGGCGACUCCAUUGGUGCUGCAUGGCUCGUCGGGGCCUCAUGUGAGCCCCCUGCUCCUGCCCUGCCGCUUGGCACUGACUUCGUCUUGAUCUCCAAGCUUCGUGACAUUGGUGCCUCUGGGAAAUCUGCCCCUCUGCCGGUCUACGCCUCCUCGCGUACCAAGAAAGCUUUGCUGCUUGAUGACGACGAGCCCAGUGUUGACCCAUGGUCGUGUGGCCCGGACCCAUGGACUUUGGCCAAACCUCCGGCAAACUCUACUGCUGCCCCUUCGGCCUCUACUUCGACAGCCAGCACUAAGCUCGAGCAAAUCAAGGCGGACUUGCGCCAGGACCUCCAGCAGCUCGUCAGCGACCAGCUUGAUGCCAAGCAAGCCAAUGAUCCCCCGCCGGGGUUGAGUGAGCAUGACCACCGCUUCCAUCAACUCGAGGUGGGGCUGAGCGAGGUUCGUCACCAAAAUGUGAAGUUUGAAAGUUGGUUUCAAUCCUUCGGGACGAAGGUGAGCGAUCAAGCACAACAAAUCCAGACCCUUGCCGGCACAGUCAAGGAGCAACACCAGGAGCUCACCGAGGUGCGUACUGAUGUGCAGAGCUCCAUCAAGUCUGCCGUCGUUGCAUUGCAAACCGACCUGUCGGCGCAGAUGAGUGCUCAGCUUACCGGGCAGCUUGAACAAAUUCAGUCGAUGCUGGCGGACAAGAAACCCCGCCUCUUCGAGACCGGUCGCAUCGUGCUUGCCCGGCAUUACUUGGAAGCUGUGAUGUUUCAGGUGGCCACUCUUUACGGUUACCCCUCCGGGCCGACCUGGCCUGAUGCCAGACACCGCACCGAUGAUAUGCUCCAGUGCCUCACUCAGGAGCUGGUUCUGGGAUCUCGGGGCCUUCGUGUCAUUACGGGUGACUUCAACCAUGACUUUGGAUGCCUGGACCAGUGUGCUAUUUGGCGCAGUCACGGCUGGAUUGAGCUUCAGUGCUUGGCCGAGUCCCAUUGGGGCAUGACUCCUAGGCCGACGUGCAAACAUGCAACCCGUCGGGACUACAUUUGGUUGUCUCCUGAAGUUAUGAUGCGGCACGAUGGGUUGUGCACUGAAGUCAAGCGAUGGUUUCAACAGCUCCGUCGGCUCCAAUCCUUGACGCAUGCGCUCAAGGCCGCCAAGUCUGAGCCUGCCGCGGUGGACUACCGACUUGCACUUUGGCGGUCUAUUUGCCGGGCCAGGGGUUUCUGUGGGGGCUUCUCUGCGUGGUGGGCCAAGAGACCCACUCGUCUGGUCGGAAGCCCGACAAUGUUGCCCCAAACUGUUCCUGAUUCAGGUACUGCCACCUGCCUGUUUGAGGACUUCCGGUGCAAUUACCGCAGACUUGAGGCCUGGCAUCUCCAGCGACGUGGGCAGAUUCUGUCUUGCAAGUACGACAAAUCAUUGUCUCAGCUCUAUUGCGAGCUCCGCGAACCCGCUCCGGAGCAAGUGGACACUCUUACAGCGUCCCGGGAUUAUGCCAUUUUGGCUGUUUCCGACAAACAAGUGCACCUGAGCAGUUCUCUUGACCUGCGAGGCUCCUCCACUUGGGCGGUCGAUGGACAACCGGUGGAGAUAUGUGAAGUUGAUGAUGUGGUGUGCACUCUGUCGGUUCCUGCAUGCCCCGGACAAGAGCUUGAGCAAACUCAGACACUCUCCUCUGUGCCGGAUAUUCACGCUGAAUUCGUUUCCCUGUGGGCCAGCCGUUGGCAACAACAUGCCACGCUAACUGCCCCCGAAUGGCAGCGCUUUCUAGCUUUUGCUGCCGCUUUCUUGCCUCGACAGGUUUUCAGCCUGCCCCGCAUUUCGGUUGAAGACCGGCUCCGAGCAGUCAAACGUUUCCGCCCCAGAGCAGCCCGUGGCCCUGACGGCUGGGCUAAGGCCGACCUUCUGAACAUGCCUCCCCCCCGGACUCAGCAGCUGCUGGAUUUCCUUGCAAAGCUUGAGGCCGGUGAGUGCUCUUGGCCACAGCAGCUUGUUGUGGGAUUCAUUUGCCUUCUGUCCAAACAAAACGGCCGAGCCGAUGCCCACGGCUAUCGCCCGAUUUGUCUGUACUCAAUCAUUUCUCGUGCUUGGGCCGGCCUCCGAGCUCGACAAGUGUUGCAGGCACUGAAGCAUUGUGUGCCAGAUGGGUUGCAUGGCUUCGUCCCUGGUCGAGAGGCCACAUCUCUGUGGUACGGCAUCCAGGCGGAAAUAGAGCUUUGUGCCCAGGGCGAUGCCCCACUUCUUGGCCUGAGCACGGACAUCAUCAAGUGCUUCAACAACCUCCCACGCCUCCCUUUGUUGGCGGUUGCUGCUCAGUUGGGCACACCGUGGCAGGUUCUUCAUCCUUGGACGGCCUUUCUCACACAAACUGAAAGGCGAUUCCUUGUCCGUGGACAGGUCAGUGAGCCGUUAAAGUCUACUUCGGGCUUUCCGGAGGGGUGCCCGCUGAGCCCCCUCGCCAUGCUACUGGCAGAUGUCGCAUACCAUGCCUACAUGCAAGCCUUCGUGCCGGAGGUUCGUUCUUUGAGCUACGUCGACAAUCUGGCCACCUUGGCAUCCACUCCGGCUCAGCUUGCCCGAAGUUACCAGGUCACUCAGAGCUUCAUGGAUUUGCUCAAACUGAGCUUGGAUGUAGCUAAGACUUACACUUGGGCGACUGCCCCUGCGGAUCGUAGGGUCCUUCCGGCCCUGGGGUUACCGGUAUCAGACUCCGCCCGUGAACUUGGUGGGUUCCUGGCCUUUGGACCACGGGUCCAUAAUGCAGAGCUUCAGCUCCGGUGCACAGCCUUGCAACCCGUGUGGGCUGCCCUGCGGAGGUCUCGUGCGCCUCUUGGGCUCAAACUUUCUGUGUUGCCAAAAAAGUGCUGGGCGCGCGCACUACAUGGCAUCGCAGGUUGCCCUCUUGGCCAGGCACAUUUGCAAUCCUUGCGCACCAGCGCCACUUCUGCCCUACAGAUUCGGCCUGGUGGAUCCAGCUCACUCCUUCGUUUGUCUAUUGCUCAUGGCGUAGUUUUAUGGCUGCCUAAUGCUGCCUACGAUGGUCGGUCCCUCCACGGGCCUUUCACCAAACUUCUGCAAGUACUGUCUCAGGUCGGCUGGGCCGUUCUGGUCCCCCCCUUGGUGAUGGACCAUGAGGGUUUGCAACAUGAUGUGCUGAAGGCCCCUGCUCUUUUGUUGCGACGGCGACUGGAGCACGCCUGGCUGAGGUUUGUCGCCUUUGCUCACAAGCAUCGGGCCACCAUGCACGAUCUGGACGGCAUCGACCCGUCGCUCUUGCAAGCUGAUGUCGGUGGGCUCUCCGCCCUUGAUACGGCUCGGUAUGCAGCGGUUCGGUCCGGUGCCUUUCUCUUUGACCACGUACAGUCGCGGUUUGACUUCACCAAAACCGGUGAUUGUGACCUUUGUGACCUGGGCGUUGCCCUGGCUUGUGGCCCAGUGCCUGGUGUUCUUCAAACGGCUCCCCGGGCUGAAGCUUGGGCAAUGAUCGCUGCCGCCAAAUGGGCUAUCUCGGUAGCUAAACCUUGUUUGAUUUGGUCGGACUGUCUCAACGUUGUUGAUGGAGUACAGGCCAUUCAAAAUGGCAGAGCGUACGCCGGGUAA